UGACGAAGAUGAGAAGAUGGACGAUGCAGACGACGCCGAUUCGGAGACCAGUGAGGAGGAAGACGAGGACUCCGAGCGGGCGUCUCGCAGCUUGGUCGUCACCCUGAAGGUUCCACAGCAUGCAUUGGCAGGUGCGCCAGCACAACAGGAUACGCCACCUACCAGCCCACCUUCACGCGGAGAAGAGCAGCAUCCAAAGUGCGAGUCGGGAAUGGAGAUGGGUACCAAGCCGGAUGCUACAAGAGACGCGCCCAAGCCACCGGAUCCGCACUCAGGCAUGGCUAAUGGUAUCAAGAAUGAGGCUUCGUUCACAUCAAAUGGGACUCUGCCGUCAGUCGCUGAGCACACUAUCCCGGCCACGAAACUGCCCUUGUCGCCAAAGGUCGUGGUUCCGUAUGGCGAAGCACAUCAGACUCAGUACCCGACGCCGGUCGCCACACAGCACGGCUUGCAACAGCCUGGAGCUCAGAUCUCUGGCGCUGUCGUGAAUGGAAGUCGACACUAGAAUGGUUAUGCAUGGGAGGUGUCUAGAAAGAAUGGGAAAGUCGAAAGCAUUGCAGCGAGCUGAGCCGAUGUUUGCGCUGGGCUAUGGCCGUGUUUGUAUUAAAGCUGCUAGGAGAAUCGCAGCUGGUCUCCAGAAUCGAGACACUAUAUGAGAGGGAGGAGGCCUAUAGCCUGUGCCCAACCUAAAUGAACGACAUUACUUG